AUCCAUCGUCUACGUCAUGUCCGUGGGAAGCGACGGCUGUUAGUCAACGAAUGUUAAAUUCGAUAAUAUUUAUCUUUUCUUUAAUUGAUAUUUAAUUAUAUACAUGUAAAAAUGAUUCUUACAGUAAAGCCACUUCAAGGAAAAGAGUGUAAUGUACAGGUGACAGAAAAUGAAAAGGUAUGGACAGUAAAAGAACUAGUAUCAGAACGUUUAAACAUCCCACCAAGUCAGCAGAGACUGCUGUAUAAAGGAAAAGCUCUUUCAGAUGAACAAAGUUUGAGUGAUUACUCCAUUGGACCAGAGGCCAAGCUGAAUCUAGUUGUGCGGCCAGCAGGAGAGAGGAGUGGAGGGGCAAUGGAAGCCAGUAGCAGUUGUAACAAUGGAAAACCUGGUAAUAGUGUAUGGCAAUUAUUGUCAACUGUCCUGGCCAAACACUUCAGCCUGGCCGAUGCUGCUAAAGUGCAGGAACAACUUAUUAAGGAUUAUGAACGCUCCAUCAGACUGCUAAGUCUAGAUGACAUUGAGCGUAUGGCCAGUCGUCUGCUGCAUCCGGAGGCAGAGGGCAUGGAUACAUCAUACAUGGACUGAAAAAAACUACACAGAUGUAACUCUGACUCCAGUGGACUAC